AUCUUAUAGUUAAUCCGUCAAUGGCUUGUAGAAAUUUUGAAUGUCAUCUCUUACUUCCUUGACAUGUUUUCUUAUCUUGCCACUGAUUAUCCAUAUGAAGAUGAGAUUGAGAGUGAGAGUGAGGAAGAGGUGGUCCCAGCAGCUGUUACAGAAAAUGGUAAGCCCAAGACAGAGGCCCAAAAUGCAAAAUCAGUUAAUGAUAAUGCUGCUAAACCAGAUUCUGCAAAACAAAAUGUCAAGAUUACAGAGCCAAGCAAGGAUCAGAAAUCUGAGGAUGAUGAUGAUGAUGAUGAAGAUGAAAGUGAUGGUGAAGAUGAUUCUGAGGAUGAGUUUGACUCUGAUGAUGAGAAUAUUGAUGAGGUGCCUAUGGAUGAGAGUUCAGAGGAGAGUUCGGAGGAGGAUGCUGAAGAGACACCUGUUAAGGCUGAAGUGAGCAAGGAUGUGGGAAAGAAGAGAUCCUCUGAAUCUGUUACAAAAACACCUCAAGCAAAGAAGGCAAAAUCAGCUACUCCUGAAAAGACAGAUGGUAAGAAGGGUGGUCACACUGCUACUCCCCACCCAGUAAAGAAGGCUGGUAAAGCUGCUGCUCAGACUCCUAAAUCUGGUGGUCAAACCAAGUGCAAUUCCUGUAGCAAGACAUUUAACUCUGAGCAAGCUCUCCAGUCUCACUCUAAGGCCAAGCAUGGUGGCAAGUGAGUUUAAGUCAGAUGGUUAUCUGUAGUGUGCUUAGUUUUGCGUGACUGACAAAGUUGUGAGUCAUGUUGCGGUUUUGGUAGAUUUUACAUUGAUGUGAGUCAUGUUUUGGCUUUGUCUUUGGUAGAGAUUCUACAUGUUUUGUUUAUUUAGCAUGGAAAGGGAUGGGGAUGUGGAUGUUAUCUCGUCUUUCCCCAUUUCGGUGAAGAACCUGAAAUCCAUUCUAUAGAUAAUUCAGCAUAUGCUUCAUAAUCUGAAAUCUUUGGCUUUACAUAUGGUCAUGAAAAUGAAUUCCAGAUUGAUUA